GGUGUGGGUUGAGAUGGAGAAGCAGGGUGGGCAGCAGCCACUGCUGCUCCCCUUCUGCAGGCCUCAAGGCAUGGGUGCAGUUAUCUCUACAAAUGCCUUAAUGGAACAGUUGUAUCUAAAAUAUCAACAGAGACCAUGGAGUGAAACUCUGAAACUUGUCCAUUUUUGCAUGGAUAAGCCACGUCGAUCUCCUGUUGGUAAUGCUUCCGAUGGUCUGCUGCUUUCAUGCAUGGAGAAGUUGCAGAGGACACUAAGUGAUAGAUCUUUGUUUUCUGUGAUGAACAGAUUGGAAUCUUUAUCCAAACAAAAAGGGCUUAACUCUCAUGUUAGCCCCAGUGGGACUGCCUGCUACAUAACCUCGAACAUGUUUUAUAUAGAAGUGCAGCUCGAGAAGGAUGGAAGGGUGAUGGAUGCAAAGCUGGCUCACCUUGGAGAGGCUCCUGUGAUUUGUGAUGACUUGGUGCAGCACCUAAGGAUGAAGAAUUAUGACGCAUUUGGAAAGAUUCUAGAAGACCUGUCAAAUCUGUAUCAAAUUCCAGGAAACAGCGAAAUGAAAGCUAAGGGUUACCUUGCACUGCAGUCCCUUGAGAAAGAUCUUUAUUCAAUGUCUCUUCUACACAGAACACAGGAUGUAAACAGAGUUACUGAAGUACUUCAUGGAAAAGUAGGACACCUGGUGCCAAGAACUGGAGGAACUCCUAUGAACACUGAAUUUUACAUUUCUCCAUAUCAAAUUUUGGAAGCAGAGCUCAAUCCUGGUUCUCUGGUGUGUGGAACAAAAGCAGUUGUAACUGUUGAAGGCACAGAUACGCUCCACAAGCUUCCUCUUUCUCCACUACUUGUAGACUCUCAAGCUGGAGAAGAUGGCAACCCUACUUUUUUACCACUGACUAAUGAACUCAGCAUGGAUUUGUCAGCUUAUUUUUUGUUGAAGUUUCAUCAGCCUAUUCCUCUGUCCUUAUCCAAUAUUGAAGAGAUACAGAUGCUCACAGGCAUGUUAAGAUUGUUUUUAAGACUAAGUAAUUUAUGACCACUCAUUGCUUACAUGCUUUCUAUUUCCACAUGGUAAUGUAGUAGAAGUUAAAACUGGAUUCUAGGGUAGAAAAUCUUCUGUACUUAUCAACCUGUACGUCAAUUCUUAGAAGCCAGCAAAGUUGUUAAACACUAUCUAAAAUACCUUGAAGUUGUUGAUUACCAUCAGCAAAAGAGGAAAGAAGGAAGGCUAAUGUUUUUAUGUCUGUGUACUUUCUUUAGUUUGUAAAAACUAGCUUUCACGUACAAUCUAAAAUCUAAUAAAAAACAUCAUCU